ACGCGUCAAAAUGCCUUGUCCGGCAGAAGACUCAUCAUGUGUCGGAAGAGUCGACGUUCUGUAACUUUCGGCAAUCUUUCCGUCGACAUCCAAACCUUGAUAAUCAAGAAUGAACGACCUCUGCAAGGCCAUCUCAGGCUACCUCCCGAAAGGGACCUACACGCACUCCUAUCACGUUCACGCCGCAACUUCACCGGUCGUCCCCGACGCCAGUCUCUUUCCCACCGACCCAACCAUCCAAGUUGAUCGCACAGACCGUCUUAUCUCUUUAUCUGCAGUACGCAGCACGACUCCUGCUACUCCCCAAACACAGGAUGCGCAACAGCAGGAUGAAGUCUUCAUUUUCUCCAUGUCCGUCUCGGAGUAUACGAUAACCCCCACAAAGGACGCCCGCCCGGCCGUUGAGCACUACAUCUAUAUCGAAAAAGUAGACACCUCUGGGGCGAUGGACAGGGACGCACAGCCCAAAGUCUCCAGCUCCCGCGCAGUCGUCCUCGGCUACCUCGAAUAUAUCCUGCACGCCUUGGGCAUAUCAGCCACGGUAUCGAUACAUGUGUUUGCGCGGCCCCAACCCGAAUACCUGUUCAAUCGGUCCGACUCGAAUCCUGGCAAGACACAGCUUUCUGAUCUGGGGCUGCUCAAAUGGUGGAUGAAGACGUUGAGCCUUCUCAAGGUCGACUCGGCGUCAAGCAGGAUGGUGAGCGGACACUUGUAUGUCCCUGGUGAAUCCACAAGGACCCUCAAUGAGGUCUUUAAAUUAGGCGAUUCAUCCCCGACGGUGGUGUGGUCAUGGUUUUUACCCUACCACGAUGACGCUCUGGCGUUGCAAGUUGUGCCGAGGUUUCCAGAUGACGCGCGGACGAAAGUGUUGACGGAGCAUGCGGAUGAGACGACGACCGUGGCGGAGAUGAAGGAGAUGCUGCCGUUGACUGGGGAAUGUAAUGGGCGCCGUUCGGGAUUCUUUACUGUUACCAUCGAGAGUGCUGAGGCGGGCGGCAGGAGCAGCGGUGCGGAGCCACCCAUGCUUCUCCCAACAACAAAAUCGAGAGCGGAGUUUGAGCGGCUGCUGGAAAGCAAUGCUGGGCUGUCGUUUGACGAUGUGGCGGCUGCGCGGGAGUCCUCUGCAACUAUGUUGCAAAACCUACGUCGUGUCCGAGCGGCGAGUGGCACUUUGGCGCCAUCAAACGAGAGCAUGGCCGCGCCCCCGGAAAACAAAAGGACGGUGGUGCCGGUCAACAACAUUCAAGGGCUUAUAAAGUCAAAGACUGGCAGCAUCCAAGGCUUGGUGAAGAGGAAGGUGACACCUGUUCAGAGUCCCGCCACGCCCGCGAUGCAGGAAAAGGGGAAAGUGAAUCCAGUCGGCAAAGCGAUCGUAGACAGUCAGUCGAAAACGAAAGCGAGUUUCGGAACGGGGUCUGCUCAAGAUUGUCCUGUCUCUAAACGGCCGAUCGCAGAAGACAAUGAGCCACCAGCAAGUAAACGGCCACGCGGCAGCGAAACUGCCAGUAAAGCGGAUUCCGCCGGACGAUGAACGAGAGCUCUCUACGCAGAUAUAUUCAGCGGAAGGAUAUCAAUCCUUGAUAUACCCCAGCGAGUCCGGCUCGUUCUGCCUGCUAUCCCACGUCCACGCUACAUCGUUGCUACGGUACGGUGUCAGGGGAAGGUCAUAGGGAAGGCGUAUCGGGACUAUGAAGUCUGUGGUGCCCGCGGCUGGCUGGGCGGUCAAUGACAGAGAGGGCAGCUC